AUGUCUCUGACCCUCAUGUCUCUGACCCUCAUGCGUCUGACCCUCAUGCCUCUGACCCUCAUGUCUCUGACAAUCGUGCCUCUGACCCUCGUGCCUCUGACCCUCGUGCCUCUGACCCUCGUGCCUCUGACCCUCAUGCCUCUGACCCUCAAUACCUCUGACCCUCAUGCCUCAAACCCUCAUGCCUCUGAUACUGACAGACUACCAUUACAGGGACCUAACCCUGACCUGGGACAUAGCCCUUUCUUCGUGAGUGCAUGUGUUUCCUCUCUCUCCUCACCCCACAUCUCUCCAUCUCUCCAUCUCCUCAUCCCCCAUCUCUCCUCUCUCUCUCCUCACCCCACAUCUCUCCAUCCUCCUCCCCACCUCUCCUCUCUCUCUCCCUCGCCCCACAUCUCUCCAUCCCCUCCUCCCCCACCUCUCCUCUCUCUCUCCUCGCCCCACAUCUCUCCAUCUCCUCCUCCCCCACCUCUCCUCUCUCUCUCCUCGCCCCACAUCUCUCCAUCCUCCUCCACCACCUCUCCUCUCUCUCUCCUCGCCCCACAUCUCUCCAUCUGCUCCUCCCCCACCUCUCCUCACCCCACAUCUCUCCAUCUCCUCCUCCCCCACCUCUCCUCGCCCCACAUCUCUCCAUCUCCUCCUCCCCCAACUCUCCUCUCUCUCUCCUCGCCCCACAUCUUUCCAUCUCCUCCUCCCCCACCUCUCCUCUCUCUCUCCUCGCCCAACAUCUCUCCAUUCCCUGUCCAUCUCCUCCUCCCCCACCUCUCCUCUCUCUCUCCUCGCCCCACAUCUCUCCAUUCCCUCUCCACCCUUCCACCCUGUGCCUCCCCACCACCUUUCCACUCCCUCAUCUCUUCAACCCCACCACCUCCUCCCCUUUCCACCCCCCUCUCCACCACCACCUCUGCCCCUACACCGCUCCUCCACCCCCCUUCUGUGCCCCCUCCCCAGCAGAUUGUCAAGGAGGGGGACAGCAACAAUGAUGGAGAGUUGGACUUCCAGGAGUUCCGGCAGUACCUCCGGUCCCACGAGGAAGAGCUCCGACUCAUGUUCCUCAGCCUGGACCGCAACAACGACGGUGAGAUAGAUGUAUCAGAGAUUCAGCAGUCCCUUCAAACUCUGGGAAUAGCUGUGAGUCUGAAGGAGGCUGCCACGAUCAUGAAGAGUAUUGACAGGGAUGGUAACAUGACCAUCGACUGGGAUGAGUGGCGAGAUCACUUCCUGUUCAACCCCAUACACAGUCUGGAAGACAUCUCUCGCUACUGGAAACACUCUCAUAUGCUGGACAUAGGAGACAACCUGACCUGUCCUGAUGAGUUCUCCGAGCAGGAGAAGAAGUCAGGGUUCGUCUGGAGACAGCUGAUGGCUGGAGCUAUGGCAGGAUCAGUCUCCCGGACCGGCACCGCCCCACUGGACCGCCUUAAAGUCUUCCUGCAGGUACAUGGCUCGACCCCGGGGAACCCUGCAGGGGCCCUUGGGGUGGGGAACAUGGUCAGUGGGCUGAGGGCCAUGGUGAAGGAGGGGGGAUUCAGUUCCCUGUGGAGGGGCAACGGGGUGAACGUCAUGAAGAUCGCCCCCGAGACCGCCAUCAAGUUCUGGGCCUACGAACAGAUUAAGAGGUGGAUGCGUGGCAGUAAGGAGAGGGGACCUCUGAGGGUUCAUGAGAGGUUUGUAGCUGGGUCGUUAGCAGGAGCUACCGCUCAGACAGCCAUCUACCCUAUGGAGGUCCUGAAGACUCGUCUGACCCUGGGGAAGACAGGCCAGUACACCAGUGUGUUAGACUGUGCCAGACAGAUCCUCCACAGGGAGGGCAUCAUGGCCUUCUAUAAAGGAUAUGUACCCAACAUCAUAGGCAUCAUACCCUACGCUGGCAUUGACCUCGCCGUCUACGAGACUAUGAAGAAUGCGUGGCUAGCGAGGCACACAGAUUCAGCAGACCCAGGUGUUGUGGUGUUGGUGGGGUGUGGAACCAUGUCCAGUACCUGUGGUCAACUAGCCAGUUACCCUCUGGCUCUGGUCAGAACACGCAUGCAGGCACAGGCCUCUGUGAAGGGCGGCCCUCAGCUCUCCAUGCUAGGUCUGUUCCAGAACAUUGUGACCCAGGAGGGCGUGGCUGGCCUCUACCGCGGCAUCGCCCCCAACUUCCUGAAAGUCAUCCCCGCCGUCAGCAUCUCCUACGUAGUCUAUGAACACAUGAGGAAAGUCCUGGGGGUGGAGAGAUGCAGAUGAGGAAAGAGGGGGGUGGAGAGAUGCAGAUGAGGAAGGAGGGGG